AUGCCUAUCACCGCACCACCUCAUGAAAUUCGUUCCCCCUCAAGUGCCACUGGCCAUUCUCAGUCAUCAGAGCAACGAUGUACGCCCGAGAAGGAUGAACCUAAGCCGCUGGGAGGUUUGAGAGGGUUUUGGAAGCGCUGGCGUCUUCUGAUCAAAAUGAUGAUUGCCUUACUCUUCCCGAUCUUUCUUGAGACCUUGGAUGCCACUGUUGUUGCUAGCGCCCAACCUCAGAUCGCUUCCGCAUUUAACAGUUUGGACUUGGAGAGCUGGGUUGGAACAAGCUAUUCCGCCACCAGUACCGCUUUCCUCCUUGUGUUCGCCAACCUCACGAAUAUUUUCGGGCGGUAUGCUACUAUUCAAUUCGCUCUGAUUGUCUUCGCGAUUGGAUCGGCUCUCUCGACUGGGGCUCAAAACAUGCCAAUGCUCUUGGCAGGACGGGGAAUAUCCGGAGUCGGAACUGCUGCUCUUGUGACCGCUACACGCGUCAUCUUCGCAGAUACCAAAAAUAUUCGAUCAAGUUCAAUACACGCCAUAAUGAUAUCUCUGCUGUUUUCUGUUGGCUAUUCUACAGGUCUCAGACCCGUCAUUGGUGGAGCCCUAUCUACAGUCUCGUUCCGCUGGAUCUUUGCCAUUAACCUGCCUAUUUCCGUUGCAAGCAUGAUUCUUGUUUUCCUUCUCCUUCGAGAUGACCUUCCUGGGCCCCAGCACGAUCCUCGUGAUGACCUUCCCGGACGCGCCAGACCAAAUGGGCAUAACCUUCUUUUUCGGCUCUCUAAAAUCGAUUGGAUAGGCUCAUUAAUCUUUGUUUUUGCCAGCAUCCUCAUUCUACUUGGGCUGAACUGGGGAUCGACGCGCGGGUGGGAUCAGAGUAGGGUUAUUAUAACUCUUGUAGCUGGAGGCAUCCUGCUUUUGGUAUUUCUCUCCUGGGAGCUCUAUCUUGGGCGUUACGAAAUCACUCCCAAUGCGGAUGGGACAACGAAGUCGUAUCCAGCUCCCUUAAUUACGGGUGGAGAAAUUGUUCUACCGAAGGAGCCUCCACGUCUCAUCACCCACACGGUCCGGAUGUUACCCCUUUACAUUUUCAAGACCUACAACGUAACUGCCAUUUGUACUACUUCCAUGGCUAUUGGCAUGCUCCUGUGCAUCUGCUUCUACUUUAUGGCCAUUUAUUUCAACAUUGUAGCCGGUUACUCUAGUACACAGUCCGGAGCGCAACUUCUAUACUUCCAGCCCGGCCUUGGUGUCGGAUUCUACCUCUCUAUGGUUCUUGUCCAUCGCCUUCAAGCAGCUCCUUCAGCCCAUUGGUGUUGGGCUCUUGGGGAUGGGUUAGGCAACAAGAAUAUGGCGGAGAUUAUUAGUUCCCUAUCAAUCUGUGGUAUUAGUAUGGGCAUGACGUUCGGAACCGGCGAGAUGGUGGCACGUUUCGCGGCUGGAGAAGAACACAUGGUUGUUGUAGUGACCUUGAACAUCUUCUUCCUAAUGGUGGGAGCAACAGUUGGUCUUGCUCAGCAAUUUGCGGUAUUCGAGUCAAAAGCUCGAUCCUAUAUCGACUACCUCAAAACUACGCACCAAAUCUCCUUUUCCGAUGCGGCUACCAUCACCAGUAGCCUCAGCUCUCUCAGUCAUGGAGGCAAUGCAAUCGACCAACUCCCAUCUCAUCUCAAGUCGUUUGUCCAGGAUGCAUAUCGAUAUGGCAGCAAAUGGGCAGUUUACUCAAUCGUACCGUGGCUUGUCGUCGGUGCACUGCCAUGCCUGUUUAUAAACAGCAUCAAGUUGGCUGACGCGACGGGCGACGUCGUGACAGAGGAACAUGAGGAAGGAUCACCUGCACAGCAGUAA